AUGGCAGACCAGUCUACAAUACGCCUGAUGCGGGAGCUGAACGCGCUCGAGAGAAGUGACCAACUGGCGAUGACCGUGCACUAUAAAGAAGAAAAUGUCCGUGAGAUCAGCGCCUUGCUUCUGGGUCCCCCCGGCACACCAUACGCCCUCGGCUUCUACGAGUUUGCUUUUUCUUUUCCCAGCGACUACCCUGCAAGUGCACCCACAGUUCUUAUCAAGACCACGAACCAGGGCAAAACUCGUUUUGGUCCAAACCUUUACGCUACCGGCAAAGUCUGCCUCUCGAUAUUAGGAACCUGGCACGCUUCUCAUGGCGAAGAAUGGUCUGCAGCCCAAGGGCUAGAAUCGGUGUUGUUGUCCAUCCAAAGCCUGCUGUCUGCCACGCCCUAUUUCAACGAACCGGGCUACGAGGAUCAUAACAAGGCAUCCGACAAGCAAAACAUUGAGUUUUACAAUUCCAAAAUCCGGCACGAGAAUCUCAGACUCGCAGUCAUUCAGCCACUGGAGGAAGCGCUGGGCCUGAUAGCCCCACAGUCAAAUCCCUAUCGCCCCAGGCUCAACCACUCGCAAGCGAUUAACCCCAAGGUCUCGAUCGAGAUCCCAGAGGGCCCCGAGAGUGAAAAUCAGCCUGUUCACCAUGGGAUAACCCGAAUGACAGGCCCCUUUGAUGAUUUCCGCAAGCAGCGAUUUUUAUGGUACCUCGAACAGUACAAAGAAGCAGUCCAGGAAGGCGUGGAGAAGGAGGUCUUCAGACACGGAACCAAAUUCCCUUGCGUGUCCUUCGAGUUUGAAAGCAACGCAAUGAAUGGUGAAUGGGACUACCCAGAUCUUCAAAAGCGAAUGAAUGUGCUCGAAACCAAAAUCCUGCAAGAGACUUAUGCGUGGCCAGAUGGGGGAAAGAAGCUUGCUGAGGAGGAUGCGGGGAUUGCCGUGAGCUUGCGCGCACAACAUGAACAGAUUGUGUCAGGACUCGCGCGUCGCGCGGACUCCAUUGUGGAUCUGACUAUGGUGGACGAUAACCCGUUUCUGUGGAAACUUGUCUACUUCGGUCGUCCCAUGACGCAGUACGAUGGAGGCAUCCUCAACAUCAAAAUCUAUAUCAGUCCUCGUCACCCCGUGGAGCAGCCACGAGUGUUUGUCGAAACACCUCUGUUCCACGUACGCGUAUCCACUAGGAAGGUGUUGAUCUACCUCCCAGCACGAGCUGAAGAGAUGAGUCGUCACAUCGAUGGCAUAAUUGCUGCAAUAGAAGAAGAUUUCCCGCCCUACAAUCCGCUGAUGACCGUCAAUCAAGAAGCAACGAAACUGCUCUGGGGUUCAAAGGACGAGCAGAAGCGGUAUCACCGCAAGCUGCGUCGGUCGGUUGAGGAGAGUGUUGAGUAA